AUGUCGAUCAUUUCUGCAUUCGUAGAGAGGUGGCAUCGUGACACCAGUAGCUUUCAUCUCCCUAUUGGUGAAAUGACGAUUACUUUGGACGACGUGUCAUCUCUGUUGCAUAUUCCCAUUACCGGUGCAUUCUUCAGUGUUAAUGUAUUUAACAAGGAUGAAGGUGCAAAUAUAUUGGCAGAGCUUCUUGGAGUUAGUCACGGUGUUGCUUAUGCAGAAUUUAAUGUGAUGCGGACAACCACGGUUAGGUAUAGUUGGUUACUUGACGUAUAUCAGCAGCGUUGUCGUGAACAGCGUUGGCAGAUGGCUGCGAGAGCAUUUCUUUUGUUUUUGGUUGGUUGCACACUCUUCAGCGAUAAGAGUGCAUACGCAGUUAGUGUUGCCUAUCUUGAGUGCUUCCGGGACCUUAAUUCUUGCGGGGGAUAUGCAUGGGGUGCAGCUGCUCUUGCUUAUCUUUAUGACAAUCUUCGAGAAGUCAGCAUGCAUCAAACCAGAAUUGUUUCUGGGUAUCUGACACUUUUACAGGCAUGGGUCUAUGAGCAUUUUCCUACAUUAUGUAGAGAUUGUUGUAGACUUUCUGCUAGUUAUGUUGAAGACUAUCCUAGAGCACUUAAAUGGAAGCCUAAAAGGGAUAAGGGUUUGGUUCUUCCAUUUAGGAAAGCUCUUGAUGAGAUUGAUGUUGAUGAGGUCUGUUGGACACCAUAUGAGAACCAUCGACUGAAGCGGCCUUUUGAAGAUGUAUCUUUAUUUCGAGGGUGGAUACGUUGGGGUCCAAAGAUGUAUGCUCAUCUGCCAGACAAAGUAUUGCGGCAAUAUGGUCAUGUCCAAAUCAUUCUUGGCUCACCGUUAGAGGUAGUGGGUCAGACGACCACACCAGAUGAAAUGGAUAUUAUGUUUACGCAAUAUGUUGUGCAUGUAGUGGAUGCUGGCGCAGCUGUGCAGGGACAUGUAGUCUGCUCGAAUGAUUAUAUGGACUGGUUUCGCAGAAUUUAUCAUCCAUACAUCAUUCGUAGAGGACCAGUCCAUGAAGCUGAUGCAGAGCCUACUGAUCAUGCCACUCAUGCAGCUGAUGGCGGCGAUCCUGCUGAUGACACAGUUGACAUAACGCGUCGAGCAAUACAAAUUACUAAAGAGCUGAUUGACCGACAACUGAUAUUACCUGAUGGCAUGCCACUCAUUAAUGAGUUAAUUUUGAUGAUGCGAAGUCAGAGGGGUGGUGGUAGAGAUUGGACGAACACAGUACCAUAUCGUAGAAGAAAUAGAAGGACUUAUGAUUUAUUUAUAACGUUUUGGAACAUGGUAUUUUUGUAA